GCAUACGUAGGCACUGUCACUGUAGUACGUGUUCAGUACUUAUGCUAUAAACACACAAUGUCAAUAACACUCUUAAAGAACUAGUAUUACCUAUGUAAGUACUGACAUAUAAUAUUGUACGUAAACUAUCGAAGAUGGCUAAAUUCUAUUCAAAAUGCUUAAUGUUCUUCGAUUAUAUGCUUUUGCUUAUCGUUUGAUAACAGCAAAGUCGUUCCUUUUGGAGGAUUAACAAAAUUAAUGGGGAGUGAAAUAAGUGCCCACAGCGGGCUAGAAAUUGAAGAGAAAUCUGUAGAAAUAACGGAUUUUUGGGUACACCAUACCGCUCGCGUGAAAGGACAUGGUACUCAAAUAGUAUCUUUAUUUGUCAGCGAACCGUCUUUGCAUUAUAAUGCAAGUUUUGGGAAUCCUUCUCCUUUGGAGAAAGCUGCAAAGAAUCUAAUGUUAUAUAGGCAUCCUUGUAUACUGAAGUAUGUCUCAUCAUGGUCUAAAGGCAGCAAAUUUUAUCUUACAACUGAACAAGUUAGACCUCUGAUUCAAACAAUAGAAUCACAGAAUACGCUUCAAAUAUGCAUGGGUCUAUAUAGCAUUUUAAGGGCACUUGUAUUUCUCCAUGAGAAAGCAUCUGCUUCUCAUAACAACAUAUGUGGCAGUGUUAUUUACGUUACAUCAGAAGGAUGUUGGAAACUUGGUGGCUUAGAAUGCCUAAGUAAAUUCAAAGAAUUGACUCCAGCUUAUUUGAAAAAAAUAAGAAGCUAUAGGUACGAGAAAGCAGUAUCACCUGAUGAAGAUGCAACUAUUUUAUCGACUAGUUUUACAGCAAUUGAUGCAUAUGCAUUUGGAAUUUUGGCAGAUGACAUUCUGAAAUUAAAGAAUUCCGACGAUGUACCAAGUCUUCUAGACUUCAAGCAAUUUUGUAAAGAGAAUUUACAGAAUUCUGAUCCAUGCUUGAGAAGCAACUUAUCAAGUGUUCUUCAGCACCCAUUUUUUACUCAUGAUUUUAUGAGAAUACAUGCGUUUUUAGAGGAAUUACCAUUAAAAAGCUGUCAAGAAAAAGAAAUAUUUUUUGGGAAUUUAAUAGUGCAAUUAAGAACAUUUCCUGAAAAUAUUGUAGCGGAACAGUUAGGACGAUUAUUACUUUCACGAAUGGUUUUAUUAGAUCCAACUGCACAAGAGAAGCUUUUACCAUUUAUUUUAAAACCUAAAGAUGGAAAAGACAACGUGGACGAUAAUUUGUUUGUAGUAUCAACAUUUAAAGCAUAUCUAGUACCUAAACUACUACAAAUGUUCUGUAUAAGAGAUGUGUCGAUACGUUUGGUACUUUUAUCACAUUUUCACUCGUUUGUUCAUACGUUUCAAGCGGACGAAUUAAAAUCUCAAAUACUUCCUGAACUGCUUGUUGGAAUUAAAGAUACGAACGAUCAUCUUGUUUCUGCAACUUUAAAAGCAUUAGCUGAUGUAGUUCCAAUACUCGGUGCAGCUACUGUAGUUGGUGGAAACAGGGGAAAAUUAUUUACGGAUGGUCGACCAAAUAAAGUAAAAGACAAUGGACAAAACAAUAAUGCUAUUUCAUCUUUUGUAAACAUCGUUGAUUUUGCAGCCCCUACAAGUACUAGUCAAAACAUAAUUAACUUACCAGAGAGGCCAUCACCGGAUGGAGGCGAAGAUAGAAAAGAAAAUGUUUCUUCGGUUAUAGAAGAAGAGUAUACAUGGUCCGAUUGGGAAACUCAAGAAACCUCCACUAGAGAACUCCGUCCUCAGAUUUCCCAAUUACCUACUUGCGAAUCUAAUGACAUUUCGACCGUUAAUUUAGUACCAAUAAUUGACACAAAUCCAGUAUUUGAUCUCAACAAAGCCAAAGCAAUUGAAUCCAAGUUUCCAAAGAAAUCAAUUAUUUUAUGCGAUAUUUCAGAACUUGAUAUCAAGAAUUCAAAGUUGACGAAUACUACAAAGGAAGAGUAUGACUUCUUCACGGAUAUGGAACCCAUAAUAAAAAAGACGCAAGUGUUACAUGUACAACCACAAUUAACAACAAAAAGUGUGUUCGACAUUAAAGCGUUAAAUGAAUUAGAUGUAAGUGAAGAGAACAAUGGUUGGGAAGAAGAUUUAAGUGACUGGGGAAUGAAUGAUGCUCAAGAAUUGAAGAUUUAAGAAAAUAAGAGAAUUUCUAAAUCGCAUAUGUUAUAUAUACGAUACAAAAAUAAACUUAGCGUAUAAAAUAAAUUUGUACAAAAUAUAUGUGAACUAAAGUACAGGACAGAGUUUUUUAAUGAGACAAUUAUUGUUAUUUGUCUAAUGUUGCAGUGGAACAGAAAUUAUUCAUCUUUGAAGUAUGAUUCAAAUGUACAUAUAUACAUGCCCAUGAUGCAUACAUAUAUUAAGUGAAUACAAAUGUUAUAUAAAUAAAAUAAAUUUUUGUAAUAUAUUGAAUUUCGUGAUUAAUAUGUACGCUGCUUAUAUAAUAAAUCAAUAAUGUUCUGAGUAA